UGAAACAAUCCUAAAGCCACAGGAGAUUCCUUCUAAAAACUUGUUGGGGACAAAGAAAUUUUCCUCAGAAGACUGGAAAAGAGCAAAUGUGAUACCUUUCGUAAGAUGAUGGAAAGGAAGGAGUUGGGAAAAGUAGAUCACUAACCCUGGCUUCAGUAUUUGAAAGAAAUACUGGAAUACCCCAGCAAAGAAUCUGUUUGCACACAUGCAGAAGACAACUCAGUGGGGAGGAAUGACCAACAACAGCAGGGAAUGCAAUUUCACAGCCAUCGACAGCUUGGCAAGGACCCUGCAGCUGGGGAUCUCCAUCCCCACCUUCAUCCUCGGGCUGGUUCUCAACACCCUGGCCCUCUGUGUGUUCUGCCGCUUUUGGAGGAAGCAGACCAAGACCUCGGUGUACAUGAUCAGCCUGGCACUCGCAGAUGCGCUGCUGGUGCUGUCACUGCCACUGAAGCUGCACUAUUCUGUGACCCCAGCCCCCGGGCUGCUGUGCUCCUUCAUAGAGGCUCUUUAUUUUGUCAACAUCUACUGCAGCAUCUUCAUCAUUGUCUGCAUCACUGUCGACAGAUAUAUCUGCAUAAGGCACCCGUUUGAAGGUCGAGCUAACCAGUCCCCGAGGCGGGCUGCCUUGAUUUGCUGCAUCAUCUGGGCAGUGGCUUGGACCUGCAGCAGCCCAAUGUUCUUGUUUCACAAGAAGGAGACUCUUAUAUGCUUUCACAACAUGUCAGAGCCAACGUGGAGUGUCCCCCUCAUUGUUUCUGUGGAAACACUUGGAUUUCUGAUCCCGCUUGCAGUGAUGGUUUUCUGCUCUGCUCAAACAAUCUGGAUUCUUCUGAAUCACAAAAGUCAAGCCAAAGAGAAGGUGGAAGAAAGUGGCUCCUUACGAGUAAUUGUCAUCAACCUYGUGGUGUUUUUGGUGUGCUUCACACCCGUCCACCUUGGGAUCUGCCUCCAGUUCCUGGUGAAGCAGCACGUGAUCAUGGACUGCAGUCUGAAGCAGAACAUCAGCCUCUUCCUCCAGGUGUCGAUGACAUUUGCCAACCUGAACUGCUGCCUUGAUGCCAUUUUCUACUAUUUUGCUGCAAAGGAAUUCCGAAAGAAAACRCACCUGAAAAAGGUUAUUGAACUGUGUCCUCUCUUUAAGCCUUGUGCCGUGCAAUGGGAUUGCCAGCAGUGGAAAAUUGCUCCUUGCCAGGACACCGACAGUGUUGUUCCCUGACAUGGCAGGGAUGGUGCCAGAGGGGGAAGGACAAUGUUUUUCCAGAGAAUGCAAAACUGUUCCAUACUUUUCUCCMCUUUAAAGUUGAAGGAGAAAAAAGYUGRAUUAAGGAAUCAGCAUUAGCAAAGUGACAGACUGACACCAAAAGAAGCAUUAGUCUUGACAUUAUCUACGAAAUGAGAAAGGCUUGCCAGCGGAAGACUAACCAGACCACAGCCAUUUAACAUCAGCUUUUGUUAUAGCUGCACCAAUUUUCCUUUUACRUAUGUGAUCAGAAAGGUGUUGCUAAGAGAAAACACAGAAAUAACUAUUCAUAACCUUUCUAAUUUAGAAGGCAUCCURGUGGUUAAAAGGCAGUAUUGAGCCAUUAGUCUGACUCUGCAGAAGUCACUGUUGGAGCUCCUGUGCUUUGGGCAGUUUGGCCAGCCUGGUACAGCAGUGAAUCCUCCCUGCUGUAAGCAUUAUGCUCUGCUCAGGGCUGCUAMGAGGGACAGCACUUUUGCUCUUUCAUGAAGGCCAGAAUAGAAACCCAAGGGAGAACCAAGUACCAGCAAUUCCUGAGCAACAAACUUUCCUGAUUACCUUUGCUGAAGAAUCAUCAUGGUUUUCUCCUGCAAUUUUAAAAUGGGUUUUGACCAUGGAAACCARAAGGACCCUUUCAAAUACAAUUUAGAGAAAGACUGAAUGUGUUCAACUCUGAUCCUACAU